AGUGAGAUAGAAUCGUUGCUGGCUGGUAAAAAGAAACGAUCAGAUCGAGACAAACAAGAGCGAAUGGACGAUUUACGGGGAAAGCUGGAGCGACAUAAAUUCCAUAUAACAAAACUCGAGACCCUGCUUAGGCUUCUCGAUAAUGACGGUGUCGAAGCGGAUCAGGUAAACAAGAUAAAAGAUGAUGUUGAAUAUUACAUUGAUUCAUCGCAAGAGCCGGACUUUGAAGAAAAUGAGUUCAUCUACGAAGAUAUUAUUGGACUCGACGAAGUAGAACUCAGCGGCACGGCCACGACGGAUAGUAAUAACAGCAACGAGACCAGCGGAUCCCCAAGCAGCGUUACCUCCGGAGGAAGUCCGUCACAGUCGCCUGUCACGGUUCAACACAUUUUGUACACGUCCUCGCAAGCGGCUGUUAGUAGUUGCAGUAGUGCAACUAGCGCUGCAUUGUUCCAGCAGCAACAAGCAGCAGCCCUAUCAAAUGGAAACAACGUGGGCUAUUCAAGCGACUCUGGUGCAGUUUCAGCAUCAACAUCAGUUUCCAUACCCACGGAUCUGGGAGGCGGCACAAUUGCAAUUAUGUGUGGUGGCGACAAACGCAACAAGAACAGCGAAAGCAAUGCCAACAGUAAAUCCAAAUCACAACCUCAACAACUUAUUAAGCCAACACCUGUGCGUGCUACGGCUAAGCCGCCAUCGACUAGUGAUAGUAAGUUCUACAAGAUUAUCAGCUUAACUCCUAACAAAAACUAGCAACAUUUGCCCACGACGGCUGCCAUAGUCGCAGCUUCCGGGCUCCAAACGCAGAACAGUAGCAGUGGAAGCGGAAAUUGUCAUACCACUGUGGGAACGGGAGGAGCACAGACGUCAACUAGUGGUCAUAUUCCCGCGGUACAUCAACACGCUCCAACGCCUGGACAGAGCGCUGCUAUGACAGGUACAACAGCCGCGAGUAAUGUAUGUUCGGCGACGAUCGCGAGCACUGUCAAUGUUCAAUGCCCAUCUGUGAUCCAAGCUACACCAACAAUUGCGUUUGCUGCUGUAGCAAAACACAAUACAUCCCUUCUGGAAAAUGGUCCUGUUUUGCAGCAUCAACAAGCAAUAGUUCCAACUGUGGCAGCUAUCGUAGGAUCUGGAGCGCAGGCACAGCAACAUGUGGCACAGCUAUCAAAUCUUCAAACAAAUCCCUCACGCUUACAAAAUGGUCUGCCUGACUCAGACAGUAAUAACGAUAGCAGCAAUGUAGUCGAUACGAUUUCCCUUAAAAUAAUGGCACAGGAAGCCAUUAAUCGAUCUGCGAUCGUUAAUAAUUCACAAAAUCAGCAGCAAUCGAGCAACAUCGACACAAGGCAGUCACAGAAAUCACUCCCCCAAAAUUUCAACUCGGAAACGAAUGCCAAUCAACAGCAAUUGACAUCACAACAGCAACAACAUCUUCAAAAUACCCCCGUUUCUACGACAGCGAUUGGUUCAAUUGUGGGUACGUCACAAGGAUCAGGAAACAUCAACGGACCUACAAGCAACAGUGCUCUCAUUAAUCUAACAAACGCUGCUGGACAGCCAAUCAGCGGCCACGGCAAAGCUCAUGCGUGCCGACAUCAGCAGAUGGCCACGACGGAAGCGCACAUUCCCCCAUUACUUGGAGUGACACCAUUAGGGCCAACGCCUCUUCAGAAGGAGUAUCAAAUGCAGUUCCAAAUGAUGGAGGCCGCCUAUUAUCAUCUUCCCAUUCAGUUUGCUGCCUUCAUUGCCCAUUGUUGUUGAAACUUAAAUCGUGACUUUUACAACUGCAAAAUACUCAAUAUUAACUUAAACUUCUGGAAAAGUUAAUUAUGUUUAUUAUUCAUUUUUUUUAUUAGUCGAUUUAAUUACUUUUUGUGAGACAAUGUGCUGCAAUUGCAAUACGGCCCAAUUUAGCCAUCAAAUUAUUCUUAUCGUUGGAGUGAUUUAAUAUUUGGCACCGUUUACACUAGAAGUGGAAACCAAGUGAACGAGAGCGUAAAUAAUUUUAAUAUAUUUAUAAUCCAAAAAUCUGAACAGCGUGUAAAUGUACCUCAACAUCACAAGGGUAUAAAAUAAAAUUAACUAAAACUCUAAACA